AAACGGGGCAGGGCGGGGCAGGGCGGGUCGGAAGUAAAUACCCAUGCCCCGCCCCACGUUACUGUGGGUCGGGUAAUACCCGCCUCAUCGCGGGUCAGAUCGAGUAAUACCCGCGGGGCGGGUUGAAAUUGCCAUCACUAAUACCAAUGUACAUCUCCACUGGGAAGUAAACAGUCAUCGGCCAGAACCCCACCGACCCCAAAAGACCCACGAUGUCGUUGAAGAACGGGAGAAGCAUGGAGAUCAGAGUUGUGGUAAUGACGAAGAUGGUCCUCCAUCCGAUGCCAUCAUAAACAAAAAAGAAAGAGUAGGCAAAUUCGUAACACCAGGAAAUGGGAACUGAAACACCCCACAUCAAAAGAAUUCACCUUCACAUACCUUUGAUCAGGGAGUGGUCCUCUUCGGAGAAGUUGGAGGAGCCGAUGAGAUCAUCGGGCAGAUUGAAUUUUCCGUCGGCCAUGGCAAGUGAUCGAUUGCCGUACCAAGCAAGCGGAAGUUCGGGCGAUUCGAGAUCGAAACCGGGGAGGAUCGCCUUAGGGAGCUCGAUGGAUUUUGCAAAGGAAGCCCAGAGGAAGGAACAGAGAGGGCUCUCUAGGGUUCGAAGAAAAUCGCAGAAAGCCGGAAGGGAGAGAGAGAAGGGGAAGGCGACUCGCCCGUGGCCGGAGAAAGAGGCGCGGAAGGAGUCGUCGGACAAGCAAACCCUAAGCCAUCGUCGGGGAAAGUGAGAGCUUGCGGCUACGGCGGGUUUGGCUAUAGAAGUAGGGUUAGGGUAGAAUAUAUAGAAUAAUCAAGUGUGGUCCUUUUUUUUCUUCCAAAAUUAUCCUGGGGCAAUCUUAACCGUAAGACUAAAAAAAGAGGAAAGAGAAGAAAAUAAAUGGUGGAUACUGAUGUAGCCACGGUGGCUCCUAGAAAUUCAGUUUCCACCCUAACGCAUUCCCAUAGGGGUAUGAACAUACCAGACAACAAACAAUAGAAUGAUUGAAUACAU